AUGCCCUCGCAACCGCCGUGGCCCAAGCCUGACAUGCCAAUGUUCCACUACAAUCAGACUAUGGAAGGAUCGAGAAAGCCCAUCGCAGGGAGAGCUUACUGCCUGCCUUUAAGAGCUAGACACGGCAAUUGUGACAGGUUUGAUAUUCUUCAAUGUGGGGUUUUUGGCGUUACGAAUGUCAUGCUGUUUGAGCUUGGCACCAUUUUUCUCUUACAACUGCUGUUUGGCAUGGGACAAUGCGCAAUAAUCGGAAACUCCAUCUCGAAUCCCGCCUCCCUUCUUACAAAUGGCAACAGCCAGACCAGGCAUCUGUGA